AGCGGCAGAGCCUGUCCGGCUUGCAACAGUGGAGCUCGUCCAAAAUCGAAAUGUUAAGGAGAUUACUGUCUCAGGCUUCAACUCAGCGUCGUUCGCUGUUUGGUACUUCUGCCUCACUCUCAUGGUGUCGUCAAUUUUCUUCUUCUCCUCCAUUAACCUCCCAAUCUCCUAAUAGUACUUCUGUCGAACACUUGGAGGACACGGAAGCUAGUCCCACGGUCCCCUCUGCAGCAAUCUCCAUCGACCGCUCCGGCUUAUAUAAUCCUCCUGAGCAUUCACAUGAACCGUCUUCGGAUUCCGAGCUUGUUAAGCAUCUUAAGAGCGUCAUCAAGUUCAGAGGCGGGCCUAUAUCAGUUGCUGAAUAUAUGGAGGAAGUUUUGACUAACCCGAAGGCAGGGUUCUAUAUCAAUCGCGAUGUGUUUGGCACAGAAGGUGAUUUUAUUACCUCUCCUGAAGUUAGCCAGAUGUUUGGAGAGAUGGUUGGUGUUUGGGCGAUGUGUCUUUGGGAGCAAAUGGGGCAGCCAAAAAAAUUAAAUCUUGUUGAGCUGGGACCAGGACGAGGAACUCUUAUCGCUGAUCUUCUACGAGGUUCAUCGAAAUUUAGGAACUUCACAGACUCUUUGCAGAUACACAUGGUUGAAUGUAGUCCUACUCUACGGAAGCUCCAAUAUCAGAACUUGAAGUGUAUAAACAAGAAUGACGCAGAUGGAGAUGCGGAGGAACAGAUAAUUAGCAGGUUGACUGGGACCAGUGUAUCAUGGCAUGCCACCUUGGAGCAGGUCCCGGCAGGAGUACCUACAAUCAUCAUUGCCCAUGAAUUUUAUGAUGCGUUACCUGUUCAUCAAUUUCAGAGAGCAUCUCGAGGCUGGUGUGAGAAAAUGGUUGAUGUUUCUGAAAAUUCAAUGUUUCAGUUUGUUUUAUCUGCACAGCCUACCCCUACAACUCUAUAUCUUCUGAAGCGCUUCAAAUGGGCUGAGAAUGAAGAAAUAGCCAAGCUUGAACAAGUUGAGUUAUGCCCCAAAGCAAUGGAUUUGACUCUAGAAAUUGCUAAAAGAAUUGGCUCAGAUGGUGGUGGGGCUCUCAUUAUUGAUUAUGGGCUAAAUGGAAUAGUCUCAGACAGCCUUCAGGCUAUCCGGAAACAUGAAUUUGUCAAUAUACUGGAUAAUCCUGGAACUGCUGAUCUUAGUGCUUAUGUUGACUUUGCUGCCAUCAGGCACUCUGCAGAGGAAGCUUCAGAUGAUGUGUCUGUGCAUGGCCCAAUGACUCAGUCUCAGUUUCUUGGUUCACUUGGAAUCAAUUUUCGAGUUGAGGCAUUGCUGGAGAACUGCACAGAUGAACAAGCUGAUUCUUUAAGAACAGGUUAUUGGCGUUUGGUGGGUGAAGGCGAGGCUCCAUUCUGGGAGGGUCCUGAGGAGCAGGCUCCUAUUGGAAUGGGCACCAGAUAUUUAGCAAUGGCUAUUGUGAAUAAGAAGCAAGGAGCACCUGUUCCAUUUCAAUGAAGAAUCUCCCAAAUGGGCUUUGACAUCGUACUGGUAAAAUGGCCAAAUCCCCUUAGUUUAGGGGACAAGUGGAAUUGGCCUUAUGAAUUUUCUGAAUUAUGUGUAUAGCUGGGAGAAAGGCUAGGAAGAAAUGGGGUGGUGAUAAUAGUUUUAUCAUGUUUUCGUGCAAUGUCUCUUUUCCUUUAUUUCCGAAGGAGAGAAUGUCUAGUCUUUUCAUAUAAUGUCUUUGUUUCUUCUGUACUCUCGAUUCUCAACCGUGGAGAGAUUUUGGGCUACUGAAGAAUGCAGAUCCUACAUCAAGUUGUUAAGCUAUUGGUCCUGCAAGUUCAGCCGAAGCUAAAAGAUCGAAAAAGAUCUUCGUGGGACUGGUUUAUUUAUUAAAAGCUUUUAGAAGCGAGCUCAGAGGCUUGAGCUAACUGUAUGCAGCAGGAAUAAAAUCAUAAGGAUCAUAUUUGCGUGUUUACCAGUAUAACGUCUCUCCUUUGUUUUACUAGUACUAGUAUCUGGUCGAUUUUUCA